AUGUCAAUCAAGACCCUUGGUGCAAAGGCCGCCGCCGCUCUCGACCAGGAGCUCAUGAGCACGUGUGCAUUUUCCAUCGACCAGCUGAUGGAACUCGCCGGACUCUCCGUCUCUCAGGCAGUCUAUCGCGUCCAUCCGUUGAACGGGGGUCGUCGGGUCCUGGUGGCUUGCGGCCCCGGAAACAAUGGCGGCGAUGGCCUUGUUGCCGCUCGCCACCUGUUCAGCUACGGCUACAAGCCCACAAUCUUCUACCCCAAGCGGAGCAAGAAUGAGCUCUACCAAAGACUCGCGAAACAACUCGAGGACCUCGACAUUCCUUUUGUUGACGACUUCAAGACGGCCGUGGCGGCGACAGACCACGUGGUGGAUGCCAUCUUUGGAUUCAGCUUUUCUGGCGAGGUCCGGGAACCAUUCCCGGCUGUCAUCCGGGCGCUCGAAGAAACCAAGGUGCCGGUGACCUCAGUGGACGCCCCCUCUGCAUGGGAUAUCGAGAACGGCCCGCCCAGCUCCGGCCUUGGCAGUGCCUUCAUGCCAACAGCCCUCGUCAGCCUGACGGCCCCAAAGCCACUCGUAAAGCAUUUUAAAGGCCGGCAUUUUGUCGGUGGACGGUUUGUCUCUCCAUCCAUUGCGAAGAAGUAUGAUUUCGAGGUUCCCCCAUAUGAGGGCAUUGAUCAGGUCGUCGAGGUCACGACGACUGGUGGAAAGAUUUGA